AUGGGAAAUCCUCUACAGCUCAAAUCACUGAACCACAUCUCCUUGGUGUGUAAAUCACUAGAAAAAUCAGUUGACUUUUACGUUAAUGUUCUUGGCUUCGUUCCAAUUAAGAGACCUACCUCCUUAAACUUCAAUGGUGCAUGGUUGUUUAAUUAUGGCAUUGGUAUACACCUUCUCCAAUCAGAUGAUCCAGAAGGCAUGACCAAGAAUCCACACAUAAAUCCAAAGGACAACCACAUAUCUUUCCAAUGUGAGAGUAUGGGAGCAGUGGAGAAAAAACUACAAGAGAUGAAGAUAGAGUAUGUGAAGAACAGAGUUGAGGAAAAUGGAAUAUACGUUGACCAGUUAUUCUUCCAUGAUCCAGAUGGCUCCAUGAUUGAAAUCUGCAAUUGUGAUAAUAUUCCUGUUGUGCCUUUAUCGGAGAACAAAGUGCGGUCUUGUUCGCGCUUCAACUGCAAUAUUCCAAAUCUGCAGCAGCAGCAACAGAUUCAACAGAUGAUCCCAAUGUAG